AUUCAAUCUUGAAUACCUUUCGCGGGAAAUUCCCGGCCUCAUUUACAUUCAAAUAAUUCAAACGUGCUUAACCUAAUGGGCUAAGUAACCCGUGAGUGGCAGGCAAUUCCACACGUUUCUUGGUAAGAAGAUGGCAAGCGUCAAGAUAGGAAUCAUUGCUGGUACUGGCUUUAAUGACCCCAAACUGUUUGAUGGUAGGAUUGAAAAAUCAGUAACGACAGCAUAUGGAGAGCCAUCAGACGACCUUGUGUGUGGGAAGAUUGCAGGAGUUGACUGUGUUGUACUAUCAAGGCAUAGCAAAAAGCAUGGUGUUAGUCCAUCAAACAUAAACUACAGGGCAAAUAUUAUGGCUUUGAAGAAUGAGGGUUGUACACACAUCAUUGCUACAACUGCAGUUGGGUCAUUGAAAGAGGAAGUGAAAAUGGGAGAUAUCGUUUUUGUUGAUCAAGUCUUUGACAGAUGCUUCAAGAGAGAAACAACAUUUUAUGAUGGAAAGCCUGGAAGUCUUGAAGGUGUUGUCCAUAUUCCAAUGCAUGAACCACUUUGUACAGACACAAGACAGAUUUUGAUAGAAAGUGCAAAGGAACUGAACCUUCCAUUUCAUCCCAGUGGCACAGCCAUUACUAUUGAAGGCCCAAGGUUUUCAACUAAGCCCGAGAGUAAAUUCUACCAGAGUCUUGAUGCCAGUGUAAUUGGAAUGACAUUGUGUCCUGAGGUCUUUCUUGCAAAAGAGGCUGCCAUUAGCUAUGCUUCAAUAGCACUGAUUACGGAUUACGAUACAUGGAAAGAGGAUGCAGAGGUCGAUGUCCCAACUGUUAUGAAAACAAUGAAGGAAAAUAGCAUCAAGGCGAAGAAUUUGAUCCUAAGCGUUAUUCCAAAAAUUGCUGCAAAGGAUUGGUCCAGUGUGAUGAAGAAGAAUCAGGCAAUGGUUCAAAACGCCACCAUGUGAGCUAAAAGAUUUGGAAUUGCAAUUGGUACAAAAUUUUAUCAUAUAUUUGCAUGCAGUAUUUAGAAAAUGCUAUAAAAUUAAGCAUGCGAGCAACUGAAUAUUUUUUUGGCCUUUGAUUAGAAAUUGUUAGUCGUUUUUUAGAUUUCCAAAAGCCCAUGUAAGGGUUUGGCACAGCCAUUUUGUGGAUUCGAUAAUUCGUUUAGAAUUCUGUAUUUCCCGCUAUAGAUCAGUAUAAUCUAUUUUUGUAGCAAUUUUAAUUGUUUUAGUUGAAGAUCAGAUGGGAUAAUGGCCAUUGAUUAUAUGAGAGACGUCAUGUUU